AGGUUUUAUCGUUCUUGUGGCCAGAGGACAUCGGUGUGUUCCCUCCUGACCGGAGCCCUGCUAGAGGCUACAACCGCUCUUGGUGCGCGCUCUGCCCUGCCCUACCCUUUGCCCCAGGGUCCAAACAGCCACGCUGUGCUAAAAGAACGUCAGCUGGCCAACAGUAUGACCAGCAGCAGCUCUCUUCCUCCCAGUGUCAGUGGGAUCAGUAAGGAGCUGGCAGAGCUGCGUCACCUGGUGCAGUUCCCUGAGGAGAUUGCCUGUAUCCUCACCGAGCAAGAGCAGCAGCUCUACCAACGGGUCUUUCCCUUGGACUACCUCUGUUUCCUCACUCGAGACCUGGGCAGUCCUGAGUGCCAAACUAAACACCACCCAAACCUCAAGGCCUCAUUGUCUGCGCCCGCCAUGCCUACCCAGAGUGCUCAGCGAAGUAAUGCUGUGGAGGACCUGGUGACACGGUUCAACGAGGUGAGUUCGUGGGUGACGUGGCUUGUCCUGACAGCAGGAUCCAUGGAGGAGAAGAGGGAGGUUUUCUCCUACCUGGUCCACGUGGCUAAAUGCUGUUGGAACAUGGGGAACUACAACGGUGUCAUGGAGUUCCUGGCAGGACUCAGGUCUCGUAAGGUGCUGAAGAUGUGGCAGUUUAUGGACCAGUCGGACAUCGACACCAUGAGAAGCUUGAAGGACGCCAUGGCUCAGCACGAGUCUUCUUCUGAGUACAAGAAGGUUGUGACCAGAGCUCUCAAUAUCCCAGGAUGCAAGGUUGUGCCAUUCUGUGGGGUAUUUCUGAAGGAGCUCAGUGACGCAUUGGACGGGACGGCAAGUAUCAUUAGCCUUAAACCACCUCCAGACAACACAGAGGACUCUAUAGAGUUUGUGUCCGACUACAGCGGCCAACACAACUUCAUGUCGCGGUCCGGUCCAAAUGGCUUGCACGUCCCAGAAAAAGAAGCCACUGUCAGCAACAUCCUCCAGAUUAUCAGAUCUUGUAAUCGUAGUUUGGAGGCAGAGGAUCCUGAUGAGGCGUCCACCAGUCCCUCUUCUACUGGCCCAUCCCCCGCAUCAAGAAACAACUCGUUCAGGGACCGCUGCCGCAAUCAAUUCAUGGUCGGGGACUUGUCGGAUUCAGAAGGUGACUUGUCGUCUGAGCCGGUGGUGAAGGAGGUAGAGUUUCAGGGCACUGAGGAGACACACAGAGCUUUCAGCCACGGCACUGAGCUUAUUCCCUGGUACGUGUUGUCACUACAACCUGAUGUUCACCAGUUCCUGCUGCAGGGGGCUACAGUCAUCCACUACGACCAGGACAGCCACCUCACAGCUCGCUGUCUGCUACGACUACAACCUGACAACACAACACUUACCUGGGGUAAGCCUCAGAGCGGAGGAGCUUCGCCUCCAGAACAACCCCUGGGAUUAGGACAGACUGUAGUGGCAGGACUAGCAGAAGGCCUGUUGGACCUGGGAGUGGUGAAGGCAGUGUUUCUGGGUCACCAGGGAGUGGACGUCCAUGCUGUGUGUUUGCAGAACAAGCUGAGCCAGAUGACGGUGGAGGAGAACGGUCUCAGCCUCCUCUACGGUCUCAGCACCACCGACAACAGGCUCCUGCACUUUGUGGCCCCUAAUCACACGGCACGAAUGCUUCACAAGGGCCUGUCAGAGUUGGUGAAUGCAACCAGGAAAUUGAAGAGGUUUCCCGACCAAAGGUUGCAGUGGCUGAGGAGGCAGUAUGUCAGUCUCUAUCAGGAGGAUGGCAGGUACGAAGGCCCAACACUGGCCCAGGCCAUUGAGCUGUUUGGUGGGCGCAGGUGGAACAUGAGCACAGGUGGGACGGAGAAAACUGGUGCCCAGAAAAACAGCCCUCUGAGCAUCAACGAUAAGGCCAAGAAGAAGAAGAAGGUCCUGGUCAGGGGCGACAGCGGGGACGCCACAGAUGACGAGAUGGUUUCUAGGAAAACACGGAGCUGUAAGGAGGGGCUGUAUCGGAACGGACCGGAGUCUGACAGCAUCGACCAAGAAGAUCCAGAGGACAGCUUCCCUGGACCAUUCUCCCUCUCAUCCAAUAAGAGCCCUGGAUUGCUAGCCUCUUCUUCAUCCUCCUCUUCUUCAUCCAGCAUGGCAGGGUCCAACCAGUGCCGCCCACAAUCCUCUCCAAUCCUUUCAGGAACUGCCAAGUCACAGCCAGGGGCCUGGAGCAGCAGGUCGUGGCACGGUCGAGGUAAAGGCUGUUUCAAAGGCUUCCAGAACCUCAUGAUUUCUGACAGCACGAUGAGCUUCAUUGAGUUUGUCGAGCUCUUCAAGUCAUUCAGUAUCCGAAGCAGGAAGGACCUGAAGGAGCUGUUUGACACCUUCGCUGUCCCCUGCAGCCGAUCAAGUCCAGAGUCAGCUCCUCUCUACACCAACCUCAGAAUAGAUGACAAAGACACAGGGCAACAACCAGACCUUGACUUACUAACCCGCAAUGGUUCUGAUCUUGGCCUGUUCAUCCGGACGAGGCAGCAGAUGUCCGACAACCAGAAGCAGAUCUCAGACGCCAUUGCGGCAGCCAGUAUCGUGACCAACGGGACAGGAGUGGAGAACGCGUCACUAGGUGUCUUAGGCUUGGCUAUUCCCCAGCUCAAUGACUUUUUAGUCAACUGUCAGAGGGAGCACCUGAGCUACGAUGAGAUCCUCAGCAUUAUACAGAAAUUUGAGCCCUCAUCAAGCAUGAGACAGAUGGGCUGGAUGUCAUUUGAAGGUUUUGCAAGAUACUUGAUGGACAAGGAGAACUUUGCUUCUCGUAAUGAGGAAUCCCAAAUGAACCCUGAGGAACUGCACUAUCCUCUGUCCUACUACUACAUUGAGUCUUCUCAUAACACCUAUCUGACUGGACACCAGCUCAAAGGAGAGUCCUCUGUUGAGCUUUACAGUCAGGUGCUACUACAAGGCUGUAGGAGUGUCGAGUUGGACUGUUGGGAUGGGGAUGAUGGCAUGCCAGUUAUUUACCAUGGACACACACUCACCACUAAGAUACCCUUCAAGGAUGUGGUGGAAGCAAUUAACCGGGCUGCGUUUGUCAAUUCUGACAUGCCCGUCAUCCUGUCCAUAGAGAACCACUGCUCCCUUCCACAGCAACGCAAGAUGGCGGAGAUCUUCAAGACGGUGUUUGGCGAGCGCCUUGUGACACGCUUCCUCUUUGAAAGUGACUUCAGUGAUGACCCUCACUUGCCGUCGCCACUGCAGCUGCAGGGGAGGAUCCUCCUCAAGAAUAAGAAGCUGAAAGCCCACCAGGCACCGGUGGACAUACUCAAACAGAAGGCUCACCAGCUGGCCCACAUGCAGGCCCAGGCUAGCAACGGGUCACCGGGAGUUACUUCGCCUGGCAACCACACCAAUGAGGAAGAGGAAGAGGAAGAAGACGAGUACGACUAUGACUAUGAGUCUCUAUCAGAUGAUAACAUCCUGGAUGACAAGCCAGAGGGGAAGAGCUCAGCAGACAAAGAAGAGCAACCUGUUGAUGAAAUACCAAAAAGGAUGAAGAAGGCUGACAGCACCACGCAGAGCAAAGGAAAGGUGUUUGACAUGGAGCUGGGCGAGGAGUUUUACCUUCCUCAGAACAAGAAGGAGAGUCGACAGAUUGCUCAGGAGUUGUCCGACCUCGUCAUCUACUGCCAGGCUGUGAAAUUCCCUGGCCUGUCCACGCUGUCUCCGGCCGGCUCUGGCAGAGGGAAGGACCGGGGAAAGAGCAGGAAGUCCAUAUUUGGCACAGCUCCCGCUCGCUGCAGCACCACAGGGGAGGUCACGACCCAGAGCCGCACCCCUGGGAAAGGUGGCGCUGAGCGGCUGAGCUGGGAGGAGCAGCAGACAUCUCCCAUCCUCAACCACCCGACCUCUCUCAGCGCCAUCAUCCGCACGCCCAAGUGCUACCACAUCUCCUCCGUCAACGAGAACGCUGCCAAGCGCCUGUGCCGGCGCUACUCUCAGAAGCUGAUCCAGCACACUGUGUGCCAGCUGCUCAGGACGUACCCGGCAGCCACCAGGAUCGACUCAACGAACCCCAACCCUCUGCUGUUCUGGCUGCACGGUAUUCAGCUGGUGGCGCUCAACUAUCAGACCGAUGAUCUGCCCAUGCAGUUGAACACAGCGCUGUUUGAGGCCAACGGUGGCUGUGGCUACGUCCUGAAGCCAGCAGUGCUGUGGGACCGUAGCUGUUCACUUUAUCAGCAGUUCUGUCCGAUGGAGAGAGAUGUGGAGAAAAUGAGUCCUGCUGUGUAUUCCCUCACUAUCGUCUCUGGUCAGAACGUUUGUCCCGGUAACAGCGCUGGCAGCCCCUGCAUUGAGGUGGACGUUCUGGGCAUGCCCAUUGACAGUUGCCACUUCCGUACCAAACCCAUCCACCGCAACACCCUCAACCCCAUGUGGAAUGAGCACUUUCAGUUCACCGUGCACUUUGAAGAGAUGUGCUUCCUGCGCUUUGCCGUGGUGGAGAACAACAGUUCCCAGACUACUGCUCAGAGGACUCUGCCUCUGAAAGCCCUCAAAUCAGGUUACAGACACGUCCAGUUGAGGACACAGCAUAAUGAGCCACUUGAAGUGUCCAGCUUAUUUAUCUACAGCCGCAGAACAGAGGAAGGUCCCACAGGGGGCGCUACUCCCUCAUCCUUGCUGUUCAGUUCAGAGGAGAAACGUGCUUCCCAGCAGCACCAGGUGACGGUGCACGAAGCCCCUGGUCCUGAGCCCUUCACUGUGUUCGGUGUUACUGAGCAGACCACUGCCAAACAGCUACUGGACACAGUAGUAGUGUCUGCAGGAAACCCGUCUGAUUACUUCCUUUUUGAGGAGAGGGUUCCUCUGUUGAAGGAGCGCAGUGAGGUGAAGCGUUGUGCUCAAUAUCGACCGCUAGCACCUGAAGAGGAGGUGGUCAGGCUGGUCUACAGCUGGAAUGCUGAAGAGGGAUAUGUGGGGAGGAUUUGCCUCAAAACAAGAGAGGAGAACUUAAAUGAGAAGAACACGGUGCCAGAUGGAGAGGAGGAGGUGACUGUGGGAAGUAGAGAAGGUGCAGGAGGAGGAGGAGGAGGGGGAGCAGGGGGACCAGGAGGAGGUGGAGGAGGGGAGGAUGAAAUGUUCUUUGUCCAGGUCCAUGAAGUUUCACCAGAACAGCCUCACACUGUGAUCAAGGCCCCGCGCUACAGCACGGCUCAGGACAUCAUACAGCAGACUCUGUCAAAGGCCAAGUAUUCCUACAGUAUCCUUUCAAACCCCAAUCCAUGCGACUAUGUCUUGAUGGAGGAAGUGACCAAGGACGUGGGCUCGAAGAAGUCCUCCGCCGCCAAACCUUUGCAGCGGGUGCUGCUGGAUCACGAGUGUGUCUAUCAAGCACAGAAUCGCUGGCGGGGCGCGGGAAAGUUCAUUCUUAAGCUGAAAGAGCAGGUGGUGCGGGAGGACAAAAAGAAAGUCAUUUCCUUCGCCAGCGAGCUCAAGAAGCUGACUAGUCGCAGUCGCAGCAUGACGACUGGCAGUGGAGUGGACGGUCCUGCCCAGAGUAAGGAUGAUAGAGCUGCAUGCUGUGUGGCUCUGACAGAGCUCCAGGAGUGAGGC